GACAGAUAACGUGGGUUGGAGCAGGUGGUAAGUUGCCAGGCUUCACUUUAGCUCUAGGUAAACCUAAAAUUAGGGAGUGUCUAAGCUGUAAGUAACAUGAGAAUAUGGAGUCAACCGAUCCAGAGAAGCAACAUCUAAUUGAGACGUAUUUGGAGCCCCUCAUGUGGAUGAGUGGUCCAGAGAAAACAUAUUCAGACUCAGAAUUUAGUGAAGACGUCCUCAGUAUGGAGGCAAUAUGGCAGCACGAGUGGCUCUGCCAGGAGGCUGAUGUGAUGUCGGGGACCGAAAGGGACACGAGAUGUUUGGCCAGAAAGAAGCUCUUCAUUGCCUGUGCUGUCAGUCUCGUGUUCAUGACAGGGGAGCUCAUUGGUGGAUACGCUGCUGGCAGUCUGGCCAUCAUGACAGAUGCUGCUCACCUUCUGACUGAUUUUGGCAGCAUUGUGAUCAGCAUCUUCUCUCUGUGGAUCGCAUCCAGGCCUCAGACUGAAACCAUGACUUUUGGAUGGUAUCGGGCUGAGAUCCUGGGCAUGUUUCUAUCUGUCAUGUCGAUCUGGGCUGUGACAGCAGUGCUCGUCUUCUCAGCCGUGCAGAGGAUCUCCAGUGGGGACUAUGAGAUUGAUAGUCAAAUCAUGCUCAUAACUUCAGGUUGUGCUGUGGGUGUCAACGUCCUGAUGGUCCUGAUCUUGCAUCAGCCUGGCAACUCACAUGGCCACAGCCACGGGUUUGCCACCAGCCUGGUGCACAGGGAUGAACAGUGUCAGAGGAGAGACCACGGCAAUGCAAGUGUGAAGGCAGCAUUUAUCCAUGUUGUGGGAGAUCUGCUGCAAAGUGUCGGUGUCCUGUUAGCUGCCACCAUCAUCCGCUUCUGGCCUGAAUAUAAAGUAGCAGAUCCGAUUUGCACCUUUCUGUUCUCGCUUCUCGUUCUCGGGACAGCGCUUCCUGUCACAAAGGAUGUUUUCAGGAUACUCCUGGAAGGCGCUCCUCGGGACGUGAGCUUCGGCGCUGUGAGAGAGCUGCUGCUGUCUGCAGAAGGAGUCUCUGCUGUUCACGGUUUGCACAUGUGGAGCCUCAACAUGACUCAUUCUCUGCUUUCCGUCCACGUCGUCGCAGAGGAAGAUGCUGAUUCCCAGAUCAUCCUCAGGAAGGCAACAAAGCUGCUGCGCUCUGAGUUUGGUUUUUCCAGCAUCACAAUUCAAGUGGAGCGCUGCAGGAUUUCUGGCAGCAGUGCAGAGGUUAUAAGCUGACUGAACAGAGAAUGAUGACUGCAAAAAUAAAGGCAAGGAGUUCCUCGGGCACUGGGCGCUCCCAGUUAACAGCUUCCUACUCGCCUUUGACUAACCAA